AUGUUGCGCACAUAUAACCAGGCGGAUGAGCGUGACUGGGAAAGGCUUCUACCUUCCUUGGAGCCCGCCUACAAUACCACGCACCACACCAACACAGAGCUUUCUCCAUUCGAGGUCAUGAUUGGAGGAAACCUGGUCACGGCGGCUGAUCUUGACAUCCUUGGCACCUUUUCCCCCACGCUCUCAUCCCCGAUGACUAGGCUUUUCCGACAGCUCUGUGACCGCGCACGUGGACAUAUCCUGAAGGCGAAUUGGGGGCAGAAGUUCUAUGCGGAUUCCAAGCGCCGGAGCGUUGAGUACGAGGUAGGCGACAGGGCAGGGCUCAGCGCCAAACACCUCUUAGUACUGAAUCAUUGCCCCAAGUUUGAGCCCCGCUACCAAGACCCCUUCACAAUAACUGAACGUAUAGUGAACAUGGCCUACAGCAUUGCUCUGCCCCCCACCUACGAGGGACACAACUUCUUCCCCGUCUGUCAGCUGGCCCUCCACCGUCCGCGGUGGGAUGCCCAGGUACAGCGGGAAGCCCCGGUGGGCUGGCCACCUAUCUGCGACGAAGCCGGCAAACCAACUGACCAAUUUCUCGUGAACCACAUUCUCGAUCAGCAGGGAAUGGGGGAGUUCGCUGGUUACCUCGUUAAAUGGGGAGGCGCCCCCGAAGAGCGGGCUCCAUGGGAACCAGCACACCACGUUGAAGGUUGUCCAGCAUUAGUACGUGCUUGGAAGCGGCGCGGGCAUAAACAGCUACGGGAUCAACGAUAUCAGACCCGCUCGCCUGCUUCUGACCCUCCUUCCUCCCCCUCUUAA